AUGGACUACAUUGGGUUACGUGAAGAAGAAAAAUUAAUCCAGCAGGAACUGAUCAGUCUGAAGGCGACUGUUUCUGCUCCCACAACGACACUGAAAACAAUGAAGGAAUGUAUGGUGAGACUUUUAUAUUGUGAAAUGCUUGGCUAUGAUGCUUCCUUUGGCUAUAUACAUGCAAUCAAGCUGGCCCAACAAGGAAACCUCUUAGAGAAAAGAGUAGGUUACCUGGCUGUGUCUUUAUUCCUCCACGAAAGUCACGAACUGUUGCUUCUCCUGGUGAACACAGUGGUGAAGGACCUGCAGAGCACCAACCUGGUAGAAGUCUGCAUGGCACUUACUGUCGUCAGCCAGAUUUUCCCUCGAGAAAUGAUCCCAGCUGUUCUUCCACUAAUAGAAGAUAAACUCCAACAUUCUAAGGAGAUUGUACGAAGAAAAGCUGUCCUGGCAUUGUACAAGUUCCAUCUCAUUGCCCCUAACCAAGUGCAGCACAUCCACAUCAAGUUUCGGAAAGCGCUCUGUGACAGAGAUGUGGGGGUGAUGGCUGCUUCUUUGCAUAUAUAUCUCAGGAUGAUCAAGGAGAAUUCAUCUGGAUAUAAAGACCUGACUGGGAGUUUUGUCACUAUCUUAAAGCAAGUGGUAGGAGGAAAGCUCCCAGUGGACUUCAGUUACCACAGCGUGCCAGCCCCGUGGUUACAGAUCCAGCUCUUGAGAGUACUAGGACUGCUAGGCAAAGACGACCAAAGGACAAGUGAAUUAAUGUAUGAUGUUCUUGAUGAAUCCUUACGAAGAGCUGAGUUAAAUCACAAUGUCACUUAUGCUAUUCUGUUUGAAUGUGUACAUACAGUCUACUCUAUUUAUCCUAAGUCAGAAUUACUUGAGAAGGCUGCAAAAUGCAUUGGAAAAUUUGUUCUGUCACCUAAAAUAAAUCUGAAAUACUUAGGCCUGAAGGCUCUCACCUAUGUUGUCCAGCAGGACCCCACUCUGGCUCUUCAACACCAGAUGACAAUAAUUGAAUGCUUGGACCAUCCUGAUCCCAUUAUUAAAAGAGAGACUCUGGAACUUCUUUACAGAAUUACAAAUUCACAGAAUGUGACAGUUAUUGUCCAGAAGAUGCUUGAAUAUUUACGUCAGAGCAAAGAAGAAUAUAUUAUUGUCAACUUAGUUGGCAAAAUAGCUGAGUUGGCUGAGAAAUAUGCUCCUGAUAACGCGUGGUUUAUUCAGACGAUGAAUGCUGUGUUUUCAGUAGGAGGAGAUGUCAUGCACCCUGAUAUCCCCAGUAACUUUCUGAGGCUGCUAGCAGAAGGUUUUGAUGAUGAGACAGAAGAUCAGCAAUUAAGAGUCUAUGCAGUUCAGUCUUAUCUCAGUUUACUAGAUGUGGAAAAUGUAUUUUAUCCACAGAGAUUUCUUCAAGUUAUGAGUUGGGUGUUAGGAGAAUAUUCUUACCUCUUAGAUAAAGAAAAGCCAGAGGAAGUUAUAAACAGGCUCUAUAAGUUACUUAUGAGUGACUCCGUUUCUUCAGAAACAAAAGCCUGGUUGAUUGCUGCAGUGACCAAGUUGACACCUCAGGCACAGACUUCUAGUACAGUGGAGAGAUUGAUCCAGGAUUUCAGUGUAUCUUUGGAUACAUGUAUGAGACAGCACACAUUCGAAUUAAAGCAUUUGCAUGAGAAUGUGGAAGUUAUGAAGAACCUGCUUCCGGUCAAUAAGAGCUGCGAAGAGCUGGUGGUAGAUGCUUCCUUAUCUUUCCUGGAUGGGUAUGUGGCUGAAGGACUCAGUCGGGGGGCAGCACCUUACAAACCUCACCACCAACGCCAGGAGGAAAAGCUUUCUCAGGAAAAAGUUCUCAAUUUUGAACCAUAUGGACUCUCCUUUUCCUCAUCUGGUUUCACUGGACGACAGUCUCCUGCUGGCAUUUCUCUUGGUUCAGACAUAUCUGGGAACAGUGCUGAGACAGGGCUGAAAGAGACGAAUAGCUUGAAGCUCGACGGUGUAAAGAAACUCUGGGGGAAGGAGGGCUACCUUCCCAAGAAGGAGAGCAAGGCUGGAGAUGCACCCGAGGCCCCGCCUGUGCCUCCGGAGAGCGCUGCGGCCGAGAACCCAGACCAAGCUGGAGCAAAAAGGGACCAAGCUCAAGUCCUGGUGCAGUCGAAAGAGGAGAAAGAAAAACAGCUGCUGGCGUCCUCAUUGUUUGUUGGGCUAGGAACAGAAAGUCCGAUUAAUUUGCUAGGCAAAGCAGACACCGUCUCUCACAAGUUCAGAAGAAAAUCCAAAGCCAAGGAGGCCAGGAGUGGAGAUGUAGCCAGCGCCCAGAAUCUGACCUGUUCCUCCCUUAGUUCUCUGUCCAGCGCAACCUACAAAGGAAACGACUGCUUGGCUACUGUGCAGGGCAGAGCAAGCGCAGAAGCAAAGGAGCUUCCUCUCGGCCCAGAACUUUUGGAUCCAGAGUGUCUCCCGGAGCUGCCUCUGGUUGGGAAGCUCUCCGACGGCAACCUGUCUGUGCCUCCUUUGUUUGCUGAUAGCGACAUGGAAGUUUUUCACCCUCCUCUGUCUGCUGUAGCUGCUGCACCUGCUGCAGCUCCAGGGACUGCAGAGAUCACCUUAGCCGCUUCCUUUUUGGAAGACACUGCUGAGGACACGUGCUCUGGUGGUGUGGAGGUCUGUGGUGAUGAGACUGUGACCGUGUCUUCUUACAAACUCUGGCAGGACGAUGGCUUUCUGAUGGGCUGGUUAGUUGCCGCUGAGAGUGGCUCCGAGUUGCAGAGUGCAAACUUAGACAUUUUUCCUGCAGAAAAUUUCAAGGUCAGUGAGCGGCCCGGAUGCUGUUUGCCUGUGACCGAAGCAGGAAGCAGCAGAUGGUUUCAGUACAGCCUGCAGCUGGAAAGACCUUUCACAGAAGAGGCUCUCUCUGGGGCUGUCCGAUACCAGCUGGUGGAUACCCAGGCUGGUCAGCUGGGAUUUUCUGUGAGCUUAUCGCUAUUAGACUUCGUGAGGCCAUUAAAGAUCUCAACUGAAGACUUUGGUAAACUGUGGUUAUCCUUUGCGAAUGAUGUGAAGCAAAAUAUAAAAAUGUCAGAACCUCAAGCUGCUCUGCCUUCUGCCCUAAAAACACUACAGCAAAAACUGAGGCUUCAUGUGGUUGACGUUCGAGGUGAUGAAGGGCUGCUGGCCUGCCGGCUGCCCCCGUCCACCUCCUGCCUACUGCACUGCCGCGCUCAUGCUGAUGGGUUAGCGCUGUGGCUCAGGUCCUCCUGCCCUGCUCUUCCGGACUGCCUGUCGUAUCAGUGUCACAAGGCGCUGGAGGGGUCCUAGCAGAGCCUGCCGGGAUUUGUCCACAUUUGUUUACACAGAUCAACUCAUUUACCAAAGUUAGAGAACUCAUGGUACUUCUCGUAAAAAUGGGGAUUAUUACAAAUUGUGACUUAAUGUACUUUCUUUUAGAUUCUUGGUCAAGAACAAUCCCCAGGAAAGUUUAUCCCUACGCUUUUACUCAGGAUUGUACAGUAUGUUUGGGUCCACAAAAGUGACCUAAGCUAAAUGUUAUAAAAUAAUUUAUAUUAGCAUAAAGUGUAGAGGUACUUAUAUAGGAGUACUUUAGUAUAGAGGUAAUGAAAAUAUCUAUUUUGUUAUAAUAAUUUUAUAGCAAGUUUGCUUUAGUACUAGCUAAUUUUUAAUAACGACAAGAUUCAGUUCUCUGUGUUAAUGAAGUGGAGACAUGAAAUUGAUAAUCCCAAACCUCGAUACUUCUUGGCUUUGAGUGCAGUGUGUUGUGGUAGGUAAGUCGGUCCUUUCAGUGACGUUUUGCGGGAUGACUAUUGACCUACGUUGGCACAGCACACGUGAGCAGUUGUAGGACGUCCACAGGCAUGCUGGGCCUGGGGAGGUUCAAUCUGUGCUGUUUUCACUGUGGACAAUUUCUUACACAUAAUUCCAGAUAAUUUGGCUGUAAAAUUUACCUGUUUUCUCUUUUUAAAACUUAAAAUGAAUCACUGUAUUCUUAUUUAAACUAGAACAUUUGCAACAUACUUCUGUAUAGAAACAGGCCCCCUGAGAAAGCACACAAAUAAAAAAGGGCUUUUGGUGUGACCGCUAUCUCAGCCAGUUAGCACUUAGGUUGUGGGGCCACUCGAAAUGUGGUCCUAGCGUCUAAAUGCGCAGCCUGUCUUCCCUGGUCCGGGAGUCUGUCCUCACUCAGUGCACCCAGCCGGAGCAGCAGCCAGCCACAUGUGUGCGGGCUCUGCAGCACACCUGCUGCUGUGUCUGCGCGGCCUCUGUCAGCAUCAUGGUCGGUAAGAGAAGAGGUUAUGGCUAACCUGAGCAGUGGACCAAACUCUGAAGAUUUUACCUUAACUAGUACAGUAUUUUAUAAAACCUUAUGGUGCUGCCCACAGUAGUCCUUAUUUUAUCUUUUUCUGCUGUCACCAUGGAGACAGGUGGGGUAUCCCGUGGGACGUCAUGUACUCGGCGCUGGUAGGUCAGCGCUGCUGUUCACCCGAGUUCUGCUUCUGGAUCCCGCCUCGCUCCUGCCUGAUGCCAGCCUAGGGGCCCCUGGGUGUCAGGCAUGUGCAGAACACAAGUAGAAGGCUUGUUUUUUGGGUUAAUUUUUAAAUUAUUUAAAAAAUGUAGUGUUUUGUUAAUUUUUCUCCUACAAACAUGCAGAGAAACCUUGCUGAAAUUGUGGCAUGUGGCUGGAUCUCCUGGUGACUCGGGAGGUUGGGCUUGGGCUGAGUCCCUGCGGCAGUGUGGAGGGCCUGCUGACCCUGCACAGCUGGCUUCUCCACCUCCCGCAUGCCUGCCUGUCUGGUGUCCCCUGCAUUGCCCGACCCUGCAGUCCUCUGAAGGCAGAGAGGGCAGGCUUGUGCUCAGUGGUGUGGACGGUGUCUGGUGCCCCGAGGCCAGGUCAGAUACGGGUGGCGUGGAGCUAUGAGGGGCCACAGGGCAAGCUCGUGAGUGGCAGCAACAGGUGGCAUGAGACACAGCUGGCGCGCAGAGCUGUCCAGUGGUGGGAGUGUGCAUUGGUGCCAGGUGUAGAGCCAGGAGCACAGUUCUGGGUUGGCCACAGAGAACGUGCAUUCACUUUGGCCAUCUCUGAACCCACUAAUCAAAAGUAGGGUACCAGGAUACUAUUGAAAUGUUUCAUAGAGUAUUUAUAAUUUUUAUAUUUUUAUGAUAUUUAGAAGCAAGUAUUCGAGAAUAGAUGCAAAAGAACUCUAGGUCAGUCUGUGGUCUGCCUAGUCUCACCAAAUGUGUUAUGUUCUAAUAGACAUCGUGGGCCUGUUCUGGGUCACAGGGGUCCUGGGGGAGGUGGCGGCCUGUGGACAGACAGGUGGACAGUCUCGGUCUCCUCCUGGCCAUCUCAGUCAGGGAUGCUCAGCUGGGUGAAUUUUGUGCCAGGUGUCUUUGCUGAGUGUAGAACUGUGGAGGAACAGGACCAUGGGAGAGCUGUAGGAGCAGGCGGAGGAGGUGUCAGUGCCCCCCAGAGUGGUCCCAGGUGGCGCAGGGGCUGAAAGAGGCCCUUAGUGCCUGCUGGAGAGGCUGCCUGGGAGGGCCGAGCUGCGGCCCAGCCGAGCGUCCGAGGGUGCGCAGGACGCCAGGGAGCUCCUUCAGCAGUACGAUGCUGUCAGCUGCCACAACAGGUGUGGAAAAAGUACAGCGUUUUUUAAAAUGUCAUUUCAAUAAUUUUUUCAAAUGUUGAUGUACUUGUCUUUUUUAUGGACACAAAAAUGGUGUUUGUGUCACGAUUGUGAGCCUGAGACAGUGCACUGAAGUCAUACCGUGUCUUAAGGUGUUGUGCUGUGUUAAAAUGUUAGAAAAAAAUGCAACCAAGCGACACUUUAACAGGCAUUUAUUACCUUACUUGGAAGUUGAAUUCUGUAAUUUGAAUAUGUUCAGUUAAGCAUAUAAUAAAUACAGUGAUCUGUA